UAUUUCCGUAAUAAGAAAAUCUGGUUCAGAUUUCACUUUUAACGGGUAGAGGGAAUCGUGAAGUGCCUUGUCGGUCAACAUCCACAUGCUUGUGUACGUUGCUGGUGGCUACAAUUACGUAGUAUUUCUUCCGAACAGGAGCGGGGCAAAGGAUCUGAAGAGAUAUAAAUAUUUGCUCCAAAAUUACCAGAAAACACUCGAAGAUGCUAGUACUGUAUGCCACUCGCCCACCACAGUGUAGCCUUAUCGCGAUCACUGAAUCACUCGCAGGAGCCAGUGAAGGUCAUAAGGGCACUACCGCGUCACUUUCUGGAGAUACGACACAUGAAAACAAAACUGAACUAACUUAGUUACUUUGAGUUCAAUUCAAUUUGUGGGAACGACAUAUAUUUUCAAAUUAUUCCCUCUGGUCAUCAUUGAUGUAUCUGAUCUUUCGUAAUCUAUUCAUGCACCGAAUUCUCACAUUCUGAGGAAAAAAUAAGCUCUUGACUCGCGAAACGUUACAUUGUGCUGUAAAUGUAGUACGCGCAACACAUUUUGUAUAGGAAUAAUAAUCCGUGUCGUAACAGCCCUCUGAGAGCCAAGCCUGUUGAAAGUUGGCCUCACGAAAGACUGUAGAAAAAAAACCCCGAAUAUUAGAAUGAAUACAGCAGAUUAAGGUCGUAGUGAUAUGAACUAAAAUAGCAUGCUGCAGUAUGUCAGGCAUAAUUACUUAGAAAGACUGACUUACACGUAUAAUAAAAUGUCCCUUGACGUUUCUGCUUAAAAUACAUGGCUAUACGUCACUUCGACACGAACUCAGGACAAAGUGAGAAACCCACCGUUCAGAGCAUUUGGCUUGCAUUAAGCCCCUGCCUCAAAAAGCAAGGUAUUGCGGUACACUGAUGGUUGGCAUAACUAAAUCAUCCUACUUCUCAAUUUAAACAAACAAAAUACACACUUCGUAAACUCCAUUCCAACAAGCGGUUACCCGUCCGUGAAACGUCUGCUGAGGCUAACCCCUCCCUCCCUCCUAUUGUGAAAUUGAAUGUUUUAUGGCACUUGUCUGUGAUCUCCCCUGCGAGGUUGGCUGGCUGGAAGAAGAAUGGGAACUUACCACCACAGUAGCAGCUGGUGGUGUGCGUGGCGCAUAAUCAUUUGAGGAAUAAGACAGAUGUGUUACGUGAUAGUGACUGCACGCAGCUUGCUUUGGACACUCCUCACAGUUGUGGCAACAAUGGCAGUUCUAUCAGCUGUACUGACUCCAAAGUGGCUCAUUGGACCACCUAGGCUUAAACCUUCAGAUAACUCAAGUAUGAUGUAUUCUCCAUCAGUUGGACUUUACAACCGCUGCACCAGGUCACAUGGACGCCAACACUGUGGACCAUUUUCUCUUCAUGGUUUGGCCACAGACUCAGAAGUGUUCCCUGGCUGGUGGAAGGCAGCUCUUGUGCUGUUGUGUAUAGGGUUAUCCAUCAUGGCUGCAACAGUGCUAACCUCAGUCCUGAGUUGCUGUGUGCAAAGCAUUUUUAGGAAGAGUAUCUUCACGAUGUCCGGAGCUGCACAGACCAUAGCAGGAAUAUUCUACAUACUUGGUCUGGUGGUGUAUCCAGCUGGUUGGGGUGCUCACCGGGUUCAGAAACUGUGUGGACAUGAUGCUGCACCCUUCUUUCCAGCCGAGUGCCAUCUUGGGUGGGCUUUCUACAGCGCAGUUGUGGGAGUGGGUCUCACAUUUGUGUGCGCAGUGUUGUCAGUUCAGGCAGAGGUGGCCACGUCCAGUGACAAGGUUCAAUAUCAGAUUCACCAAGGACGGACACUAAUAUGUCUGCUGUGAAUUACUCCACAGACAAAUAUGAGGCAAUGGUUGUUAGCUGGCAAUGGAACAACUUCAUGCAAAUGCAUACCAGCAGAAGCUGCCAACGUUGUCAACUGAUCUAUAUCCCGUAAACCCCAUUCAGGAUUUUGGGAUUGCAACAUUGAAUUAAAACGGAC